AUAGUAGAAACAAAGAAAUAGUACUACUGCUCAUUUUAGUACACAAUUAUAUUUUACAACAUGUCAUCAGCACGAGGCUCUAUAAAUUGUGUUUUCCCUUUGGAACAAUUUGAACGCCAUUUCUCGCGAGUUUUCACUAUGUCAAAUUUAUCAAAGCUUGAAUUUGUGGCACUUGAUAUCACCGGAAACAAUUAUUUAUCAUGGGUCCUUGAUGCUGAAAUUCACCUUGAGACUAAAGGUCUUGGGGAUACUAUUAAACAGGGAAAUAAAUCAUCAAGUCAAGGUAAAGUCAAUGCUAUGAUUUUCCUUCGUCAUCAUCUUGAUGAAGGAUUGAAAAUUGAAUAUUUAACUGUGAAAGAUCCACUUGAAUUGUGGAAUAAUUUGAAGGAUAGAUAUGAAUACCUAAAGCUGACGGUAUUACCGAAAGCUCGAUAUGGCUGGAUGCAUCUCCGGCUUCAAGAUUUUAAAACUGUAACUGAUUAUAAUUCUGCUAUCCAUCAAGUUAGUUACGUAUUAAAAUUGUGUGGAGAAACUAUCACUGAUGAACACUUAUUGGAGAAAACUUUUACCACUUUUCAUGCUUCAAAUGUGUUGCUACAGCAACAAUACUAUGAAAAGGGGUUCAAAAAGUAUGCUGAUUUAAUUUCAUGCCUACUUGUGGCUAAGCAGAAUAAUACUCUAUUAAUGAAAAAUCAUGAGUCCCCUCCCAUUGGUUCUGCUCCAUUCCCUGAAGUGAAUGCAGUAACAGGUUAUGAUAAGCCUGAAAGAAGGCAAAACAAUUACCGUGGUCGUGACCAUGGUCGUGGAAGUGGACGUGGACGUGAAAGGGGACGUCAUAAUUAUCGUCAGCAUGGUAAGAAUAAACAAGAGACCAAUAAGGGUUCUCAAAAUAAUCCUUCAACAGGUAAAGUUAAUAUGUGCCACCGAUGUGGUAUGAAAGGUCAUUGGGCACGUAUUUGUCGUACACCCGAUCAUUUUGUCAAGCUUUAUCAGGGCUCUCUCAAAGGGAGAGAAAAUAAUGUGGAGGCACACUUGACCUUUCAUAAUAAUGAUGAUGAAGCAGCUCCCUCAAACAAGCAUGAUGAUAUUAAGGAAAAUCUUGCUUAUAAAGAUGAUGAUUUUAAAAGCCUCUCAAAUAUUACUCAUUUAGAAGCUGGAGACUUCUAUGAUGAUAUUGACUGAAGAACUGAUCAUCUCACUGGGGAAUAGUACUACGAGAAAAAUUGUUGUUUACUUUUAUGUUUAUCACUAGUUUGUUUUUCUUAAGUGUAUUUCCUAAAAUAUCAUGUCUUACUAGUUUCUAUAUUUCUAGUGCAGUUUUCUAAAGUUGUUUGUUCUCACAUUUAUUAUAAUGUAUCUUUUAU